AUGAUGCUACGAAAAUCGUUAGAGUUCGAUAACCGAUGGGACCCAAGGGCUCCGUUCUCCAUUCCUGCGUUCUCUUGGAAAUUCAUCAGACCCGAUCACUCGUUCUCGGAACAAAACUCCGAAGAGGCGCUUCAAGAGAGAGCUGCGAAGGGAAACGUAGUUUUGUUCGAAUCAGAAAUUGGCCAGAAAAGAUUCGAUUUUUGCUUGCGAAUGUUUGAAGAGGAACGAAGGCAGAAUCCAGAGUUAGUGGAGUUGGUGAUAACAUCUCUGUUGAGAGCUACGGAUUGCGACAUGAAGACGGCGAUACCUCGAAUGCAGAAUUAUUUUGAGUUUUACGUGGAAAUAUUCGGCGCAUUAUCGUUCAAGCAGAGUUUGACGAAUGAUUCGGAGCUACGAGAAAUGGUAGAGUCUGGGAUAGUACAUGUUUUUGAGAACUGCGACGCUAAAGGUAGAUGCAUGCGCGUUAUGCAGUAUAACCAGAUAAGAACUGGGCUCAAUUCGGACGCGUUGCAGAUUACAAAAAUGUUUCAUUACGUUACCAUGAGGACGCUAAAGAACUAUCCGAUGACGCAAAAGAAUGGGUUCAUAGAUGUUUGCGAUAUGGGUGGGUUAUCGUUGGAAAACUUUUCGUUACGGAUUACGCGAUCGAACCUUUUGAUGUCUAGCCGCUUCUUGCCGUGCAAAGUCCAUAAGAUUUGCUUAUUGAGACCAUUGUAUUUCAUGAAGUUUUUAUUAAGGGCGGUGAAGCCGUAUGCUUUUCCAGGCCCGAUGGCGAAGCACUUUCUCAUAUUGUCGCAAGAUCCGAAAGAUUUACUUAAGGACCCCGUUUUUUGUCGUCCGGAGAUAUUGCCGCCUCUAUAUGGUGGCACGAAUACGAAUUACAGUUGGCCAAUGCGAGUCCGAGGGUGGACGCUGGAGGAAGAGGAGUUGGAGUUUAGUAGCGAGAUGGGGAGUUCGUGUAGAAGCGAGAGCAACUUAAAUGAUGACAACACCAACAGUAGUUACAACACUGGAAGUGAAACCAACAACUAUACCGGUUUUAAGGGCAGUAGCUGCGAGUCUGUCGGAUUGUUUAGAAGAUUCUUGUAA